AAUAAUAAACCCGGUCCGAUAUGAAACGCCCAGUGUUUGCAUUUUAAAUCUGUCACAUGUCCGUGAAUUUUUCCAGUCCCAUCUGCCGGCAGCACAGGGCGCAGUCGGUGCACUGGGAGGACUCCAGGCUGCAGGUAUUUGCAGUCAGAUCAAAAAACGCAGACAACAGCGCAGAUAUAACGACAGUCUGAGAGGAUAUUAUCGUCCAUCUCCUCCCGUCGGCGCAAUGUGAGCGGAUAUUCGCUUGAGUCCGUGAAAGUUUAUUCACGCUGUUUUUCUCGUUUUCUUUCUGUCCUGCCAAACUUAAAAAUAGCCCACACUUGGAGCUGAUUGAUGCGCGGUGCCGGAGGAGCGGUUUUUCUCGCCAGUAGUGCGGUCAGAGUGGGCUGCUGUGCGCGGCGGAGCGGUGCGCACUCGGUUUUUUACGCGUAAAAGGCGAGAAAAGAGUCAGCGGCAGCAGGCGGAACCGGGGGGAUCCGAGACGGACGAAUGGAAAUUACAAAACGACAGUAUUGGAAUUAAAACUACAAUGUCUUGAUCGCGGACUGCACCUGCUCGGACAGAGAGGAGACGCUUUGAAACACGCCAGAUAGAACAAGGGAUGGACUUGAACUCUGUUGUUGAGCCGUAUCCCUGCAUCCACAUCUCAGCAAUUAACAGGAGGUUGUGACGGCGAGGAUGUAUUCAGAGCUGCAGGCACUGGUGAGGCGCAAAGAUGGAGCCCUGACCUCAGGUGGUUCCUCCACCUCAUGAGCCUCAACCUGUUCACUGUCGUCUGUUUCUGGUGGUGUGGGAGUGAGAAACGUGGAGGCUGUGAUUAGCGGGCUGAGCCCGUGAGUGAACCUAUGGCAGAGAGACACCACAGUGCAGGUUUAUAUGUAUGACUCUACCAUGGACCACAUCAUCUGCUGCCUACUGGUCCUGGGAGCCACAGUGAUGACCACCCAUGCAUGCCCCAAGUACUGUUCAUGCCAGAAUCUCUCCGAGUCUCUGGGGACAUUGUGUCCCUCCAAAGGCCUUCUUUUUGUGCCUCCAGACAUCGACCGCAGCACAGUGGAGCUCCGGCUGGGAGGUAACUACAUCCUCCGAAUCACACAGCAGGACUUUGCCAACAUGACCGACCUAGUGGACCUGACUCUCUCUAGGAACACUAUCGGCUACAUCCAACCCUUCUCCUUUGGUGACCUGGAAACGCUGCGCUCACUCCAUCUGGACAACAACCGCUUAAUGGAGCUUGGUCCUGAUGAUUUGCGAGGCUUAGUCAACCUGCAGCACCUAAUUGUCAAUAACAAUCAACUGGGACGCAUCCAUGAAAAGGCCUUUGAAGACCUGGCACCUGCCUUGGAGGACCUGGAUCUUUCUUACAACAACCUGAUGUCUCUGCCCUGGGAUUCAGUUCGACAGAUGAUUAACCUGCACCAACUUAGUGUGGACCACAACCUGUUGGAUUUUAUUCCGGAGGGUACCUUCACUGACCUGGAAAGGCUGGCAAGACUAGAUCUGACGUCAAACCGCCUGCAGAAGCUACCCCCAGAUCCAAUCUUUGCCCGAGCCCAAGAUUCAAUGAUCCUGACCACGCCGUAUGCUCCCCAGCUAUCCCUAAGCCUGGGUGGGAACCCGCUUCACUGUAACUGUGAGAUGCUGUGGCUGCGCAGGCUGGAGAGAGAUGACGACUUGGAAACUUGUGCUUCUCCACCUGCCCUGAAGGGUCGUUACUUCUGGAAUGUAAAGGAGGAAGAGUUUGUGUGCCAGCCACCUCUCAUUACCCAGCACACCCACAGGAUGCUGGUUUUGGAGGGCCAGACAGCCAGUCUACGGUGCGAAGCAACUGGAGACCCUUUGCCUACCAUCCACUGGAUCUCACCUGAUGAUCGGCUGCUUGGCAACUCUUCCCGAACCGCAGUGUUUAGCAAUGGAACCCUGAGUAUCACCAUCACCACCUCGAAGGACUACGGCACCUUCACCUGCAUUGCCGCUAAUGUAGCUGGGGAGUCCGCUGCCUCUGUGGAGGUGUCCAUCGUCCAGCUUCCCCACCUCAGCAAUGGCACCGGGCAACCAGCACAGCCAAAGUCACGGCUCUCCGACAUCACAGGCUCCACCAGGAUUAGCAAGGGGACUCCCAAGAGCCAGCCGGAGAGGGUGGUGUCUGUCUCCGAGGUGACAGCUGUUUCAGCGCUGGUCAAGUGGACGGUGAGCAAGUCAGCGCCCAAAGUGAAGAUGUACCAGCUCCAAUACAACUGCUCUGAUGAUGAGGUUCUGAUCUACAGGAUGAUUCCGGCCUCCAGCAAGGCUUUCUUGGUGACGAAUCUGGUAUCGGGGACCCGCUACGAUCUCUGUGUGCUGGCUGCCUGGGAUGACACGGCCACCACGCUCACGGCCACCAACGUCGUGGGCUGCACACAUUUCUUCACCCAGGAUGACUACCCUCAGUGCCAGUCUCUGCCCAGCCAGCUGCUGGGAGGCACCAUGAUCCUGGUGGUGGGAGGCAUCAUCGUAGCCACGCUGCUCGUGUUCAUCGUCAUCCUCAUGGUGCGAUACAAAGCUGCAGACACUGAGCCUCCGGUGGGGAAGUUGACCAGCGUCAGCGACACGCACUCCCAGACCAACGGGGGCCGACUCGGGCAAAACGGACUCCUCAUGCCCCAGUCUCAACCUCAACCUGAGCCAAAGGUCAAAGCCAAAGUGACUCUGAAGGAUGAGGUUGUGGAGUUCAAGUGCGGCUCCCUUCAGAGCAGCCUCACCUCCUCCUCCUCGUCCUCGGGCUCCAUGGCCGGGGGAUCGUUGAGCCCCAACAGCACACUUGCCAACAUUUGGAGGUCGGCUCCCUCCAAGCCCCGGACCAACCUGGAUCACCUCCUAGGGGCCUUCACCUCACUGGAUCUUCGAGGGGCUCAGGGCCUUGACCCGGGAGCAUCGGGCAGCGCUACGGUGGCGACAGCGAAGCCCCACACGGACAGGGAGCCGCUGCUGGGCCGGACGCUGGACUCCAGCCUCAGCCGGCUCCUCAUGCUGCCUCUGGACUCCAAGCCAAAGAGGAGCCAGUCCUUCGACAUGGGAGACGUAACAGGCUCCGGCGUCUCUCAGCAUUGCAGCAAACCUCGCAGGAUCAGCAGCAUCUGGACUAAGAGGAGCCUGUCUGUAAAUGGCAUGCUGCUGCAGUGCGAGGAGGAGGGGGACACGGGCGGCAGCAAGGGGACGUUAGACAGCGCUGACUGGGUGAUGGAGAGUACUGUCUAGGUCAGAUGGAGAAACGUCACACUGUCAAACACUGCCCAGACUGAUGGCCUACAGCCACGCCAAGACAGACCUGCUGGUCUAAGAGCCUUUGUCCUGCAUGAAGCACACCCAUUUGCAUCCCUUCCACUCUCACUGCUCAGACUCAAGUGAGACAAGCGGAGCUGUUUUCACAACAAGCCAAACAAAAGGAAAAAAAAGACCUUUGGACUGUUUUGCCUCACACUUUGUACAGAGAUGGAUUACGAUGGCUGGUCGGCCACACGGCAGAGCAACAAUGUUGUCUGUUACAGAGAUAUAAGGUGAUGGCCAUGGGCUGAUAUUACACUGUAUAAAUUCAAAGUAUGUAAUGAAAUGAAAGUUUUAUAUUUUUUAUUUUGCUGGUCAAACACAAAUGAUCCGUUACUGGUCUCUGCCUUUACACUGGAGCGAGGCAUGACCAGUGGUUACACGAUGAAAUCUUUUACUGUAAAUUCACCCUCAUUUUAGUUACCCUCUGAUGCAGUUUACCUUUCUCUGACUGAAUGGUGCAGUAUAUAUAUAAAUAUAUAUACAUAGAUGUGAUGCUUUGACUCAUUAAGAUUUAAGAAAAAAAAAGAUUUAUUGACAAAGUUGUAUGUGAAUAUAUUUACUUUCUAUACAGAGUAUAUAUUUGAGGGGUCACUCAAUGAUUCUGUAUGCUAAUUAUAUCAAUUCUUAUGUGGCUGCAUAGAUUAUGAAAUUCAUCAUUUUCAAAACUAUGGCUGUGUUAUAUAGUUUGUUUUUAAUGCCAAAUAACUGAGGAGGAAACUGGUGCAAUGUGUGGGACCUUCCAAUACAAUUAGGCCUGUUUGGCCUCUGUGCAUUCAAUUUGUUAGUUUCAGUAGCAAAACUGAUGGGUUUUAGGGUUGUUUUUUUUUUUUUUUUUUUUUGCAUUUUUUUGAAGAUACAUUCCCUGUUUUGUUGCAGCAAACAAACAAAACUUUAUCUCCCUAAUAAGUGAUAUUUACCACACAUUCGGGGUGACAAAUGAGGAUGCAUAUUUUAGCAGAUAAUUUGGUUUUCAAAUCAGUAAUAACAAAGUUUAACUUACAAAACUCACUAAGGGAGAAGAAAGAGGAGCAUUAGGCUGUUUUAUUGUGAAGCAAUAGUUUAUCCAAGUCAUUUAAAAAACACAACUUCUUGAUUAAUACUGGGCCACACAAUGAAAAGCUUAGUAUUAAGUGUAGAACUUCAUAGCCUAUAAUGAACUAUUUUUGUUAGCUUAAAUUCAGAUCAGGCUGUUUUCACUUUCUGUCAUGUCAGUAGAAACAAUUAGCUGAUUAUGAACUGAAAUGAUGAUAAUAAUAUGAACACACAGCUUUUCUCUUGCCAUGUUUAUUUCAAACCCAUGUUUCUUUUUAUUUUGAGGUGGGAACAGCUGACAUUUAUUGUUUUGCUGUAUUUUUAAAUUAUACCCAUCAGGUUACUAAGUCUCUUAUUUUGUCUACGAAGCUUAUAAGUUACUUACGACCUUCAGAAAGGCCCACAGAUUGUCGUAAGAUCGUCCUCUCAGUCAUUUCGUAUAAAAAUACUGUUAUCAGAGUCACUUUUUUUUCAAAUGCUCGGCAUCACAUUGUGCAGACCGAAUUCCUCCGUGCUCUUGUCAUGCGCUGGUCAGUGUUCUCGGGAUUCAGAUAAGCAGGGUUUAAUAAGCAAAACUAAUAAUGAACCUAUUUAAUGAAAGCUCAUUGUGCAGAAAGUUUCUGUUGAGCAACACGAAGUUGCGCGCUUUUAUCGUCAGGUGUUGCAUGUUUCUGCCGAACUGACCCAUGAGACAGUUUAGUCCAGUGUAUACACUCAUGUUGUCAUAUCUCAUGUGUUGUCUGAAUGACUUUGUGAUAUUUCUGAUAUGACUGCGUGUGUACAGUGUCUCUGUAUAUUGGAUUUUUUGUUUUCUUUUUGUACCAUUCUCCAGUUGGAAUCUGUGCUGCAGUCGGACUUAACGGUAAAAGCAGAGGUUGGGGAAGGAGCAGCGGCUUUACUGUGUUGUUACGCUGCAACUGUGCACAUUUCUUACCUGGAUCUGUAAAAGAUGUUUGUGUGGUCAAAUUUGUUGUUUUUGCUACUAAGAUAAAACUAAAAAUCUCCUGAGGCAGCUAUGGGA